AGAGGCCUUGUUUACGCCCCUUUGUUAUGAAACUCUGAAGGGAGAGUGUGUAGUUCUAUAACUACAGGCAGAUAGUCAAACUGACCGUUAGAAUCAAGUACUGGACCAGGUAGGACCACUAACCCAUUCAGAAAUAACAAGAAAUGAAGUCCAUGCAGCUUGCACUCCAUCUGGUGGUCGUGCUUGGUUGCCAGUUUUGUAGACCUAUGUCAAAUGAAGCAUUCCCAUCGGAGUAUAAAACAUUCAGUGGGUCACUGUAUGCCUCCUGCCGGAUGCGUCCAAACACUCAGCUGUCUCCUGGCUCACCUAAAGUGUAUGGGCAAGUUCUUUUUAAACAAACCGGCCCAGAGGGAAAGCUAAGAGUGAGUUUCAGGUUGCAUGGCCUUCCUGCAUCGAUUCAUCACGCAAGAGCAAUUCACAUUCACCAGUAUGGUGACCUGAGCGAAGGAUGCACCUCCACUGGUGGCCAUUACAACCCUUCAGGAGUCAACCACCCACACCACCCAGGAGAUUUUGGGAAUUUUGUUUCUCGGAAUGGGAAAAUUCGUCAAUCAGUGGAUUCCGAGGCCACACUGUUUGGGGGGCUAUCAGUGCUAGGGCGGGCUGUCAUUAUUCAUGAGAAGGAGGACGAUAUGGGCCUAGGAGGAGACACGGGAAGUCUGUUGCAUGGCAAUGCAGGCAGACGAUUGGCAUGCUGUGUGAUUGGAAUGAGCACUGCACAAUUCUGGAACAAGUAACAUCAGUGAAUUAAUCUUUGAAUUUAUAUUCGUUAGUAGUAGUAGCCAGUACAACUUUAACCAGCUAAUUUAUGCUGUAUGUAUGCUACAUCAAAGGACAGCUACUACACUGCAGCACUGCCCUGUACUUUUUGUCCAUUGCUGAUGCCAUAAAUUAGAAACAAAUAGUUGUAAAAACAUACAUUUCUAUUUGCAUGCUUUCUGAGCUGUAGAAGCAUUAAUAUACUGACUUCCAAUUUAGCACUCUGUACGGAGCCCCUAAGGGGCUGUGGUUAAAAAAAAAAAAGUUAAUGACAUUGCAUUCCCUCG